AUGCGCGCCUUUCCCUCCGGGCAGCCCCUCGGCCCGCCCAGGCUCCGCAGGCGCGGGGAAGGUUCCGCGGGCGCGGGAGCGGCUGGGCGGCGGCGGGAGGUUUCGGCGCCCCGGCGGAGCGAGGGCGGGCGGGCAGCCCCGCCAUGGCCGCUGUGCCUGCUCGCGGGGCGGCGCCGAGCCGGACGCGGGGCGGAGGGCGCCCGCCGGCACCGGAGCUGGAGCCGAGGCCGGCGCCGGGACCGCGGCGCCAGCAUGGAGCAGGGCGGCCGCCGCCGAGCCUUCGGCAAUGUAUCCACCUUAGUGCCACCACCACUGGACUGUACUGACUAUGAUUUCUCACUUGGUGAGGAGGUGGCUUUUGGCCCCUGCACCCCACAGCUGCAGAGCAGCGUGCUGGUGCAGGUUCCCCCACAGAACCUGUCUUCCCCUGAGCCAUGCUGGAAGGACCUGGCAGACCAGCACCAGAAAGCCCUGGGAGAUGCCCUGGAGGCAAACAGCCAGCUGCAGGAGACCCUCACACAGAGGCAGGAAGAGCUGGUGUCACUGCGGGAGAGCAACGUGCAGCUGAAGGAGCUGGCGAGUCAGGCCAGGCAGCUGGCUGCUGUCCUUGACACGCUGAUGCUCCCGCAAAGCGCCGACGGGACAGUCCUUCCUCCUCUUCCUCCUCUUCAUCCUUUGCCUCCUCCGCCCGCCGCCGCCGCUGCCCCGGCCGGGACGGGCCCGGAGGAUGCGGAGGGCGUGGAUGCCAUGCUGCGGGCCGUGUCGGAGAAGUGUCGCGCCGCCCUGCGAAGCCUGGGGGGCGGCGCUGGGGACAGCGCGGGGGGCAGCCCCGGGGGCAGCCCGGGACACAGCCCGGGGGGCAGCCCCGCGGCCAAGCGCCCGCGGCCGGGCCCGCGCCUGCACGGCGCCUUCCGCGGGCUGCGCACCGGCCGCGCCGCGCCGCGCCCCGCCGCGGGGCAGCUGGAGGGGGGCGGCAGCCUGCGGGCCGCGCUCGGCGAGGCGGGCGCCAUCCGCACCCUGGCCUUCCCGCAGGGAAACGCCUUCACUCUGCGCACGGCCGGCGGCGGGCUCCGCUUCCGAUGGGUGCCGCGCUGA